AUGCUGAUAAUUGAUGCUUUUCCUGCUAAAGCAACGAACCAACCAGAAACGCAUACACAUUCAGCGCCUACAACCAAACUUACUCCGACCAAAACUAAUCCUACCAAACCUACUCCUACCAAAACUAAUCCUACCAAAACUAAUCCUACCAAAAUUAUUCCUACAACAAAUCCUACAGAAAAAGGAUUUAGCAGUGUAACAUCUCCGGAUAUUGACUCAACAUCAACUCCUACAGAAAAAGGAUUUAGCAGUGUAACAUCUUCGGGUAUUGGCUCAACAUCAGCUCCUAUAGUAUCAGGAGCAUCGAUUUCUUGGUUUUUGGUGGCUGAUGAUGGAUCUAAAAUAAUAUGGAUUUUAACUUUUAUAAUAAGUGCAAUUUUAGCUUAA